AUGGUGGCUUCUUCAUGGUUCACCGCGCCGCUUGUGGCUGUUGCCCUCCUGCUCUCUCUCGAUGGAGCUGUGGCGAAGAAGCCAACAUUCAGGCCUCCCUCCCUCCCAACGUACGACGAUGAUGCGGCUUGCCCAGAGCGAUGCAGCGUUUCCGGGCCCAGUACGGGGAACUGGUCCGUUUAUCCCAACUUCGAGCCCAUAAGGAAGUGCACGCAGACCAUGUUUUACGACUUCUCUCUCUACGACUCGGUCGACGACCCGACUGUCAACCACCGGAUUCAUGCUUGUUCAUCUUUCGGUCCUGAUUUCUCCAUCAUCCCCGGCUCCAUUACCAAAACUGCUUACGCCUCGCCUGCGCCCGCCAAGAUCCGGUUCGAGCUUGGAUGGUGGAACCGGGGCUACGGCCUGGCUGCCCCCGGUCUCCGGUCCUUGGUAAAGCAACUCCGCGCCUACAUCGAUCACGGACACGGCGACGGCGCCGCGGACAGGCCUUUCAUCAUAUACGGCCAGUCUGGUCAAGCCACCAUCGGUCUCUAUAUUGGCCAGGGUCUGCUGAGCCAGGGCCUUAGCAAGUCUGCACUCAAGAUUCUCCAAGACAAUCUCGCGAACUCGGACGUCUCAGCACCGAGCCUGGCCAUACAGCUCUGUGGCCAGGGCUACGGUAGUAGCCAUAUCUUUGGGGCUAUGGUCACCAGCAAUGGAACCUUCGCUCCCAUCCAAGAGGCUAUCAGGACAUGGGCCAAUGCCACGUGCCUGUCCUUCGCCGGAUCCAAGGAGUUCCCCGGCGAGGUCAUGUUUACUACGCCGCUCUUGCUCGCCAAUGGCACCGCCAACUCGACCGUCCGGGCUCGGUCCCUCCGCCCCUAUGCGGCUGAGUGUCGGACAGUGCAGGUCGAGGCCGGUGACAGCUGUGGGACACUGGCCAAGAAAUGUGGCAUCUCUGGUGCCGACUUCACCAACUACAACCCUGGAGCGAGCUUCUGCUCCACGUUGAAGCCGAAACAGCACGUGUGCUGCUCGAGCGGAACGCUUCCAGACUUUCGCCCUGUCACCAACCCGGACGGCUCAUGCUACUCAUACAAGGUCAAGAGCAAUGACAACUGCGCUGACCUCGCCGCCGAGUACGGUCUUACGGUCGACGAAAUUGAGAGCUUCAACAAGAACACCUGGGGCUGGGGCGGCUGUAAGGUCCUAUUCCUUGACACCAUCAUGUGCCUUAGCAAAGGGGCUCCGCCAUUCCCAGCUCCGAUCUCCAACGCUAUCUGCGGUCCGCAGAAGCUCGGCACCAUCCCGCCAACGGACGGCUCCAAUAUCGCAGACCUUAACCCCUGUCCGAUCAAUGCCUGUUGCAACAUCUGGGGCCAGUGUGGCAUCUCCAAGGACUUCUGCAUCGACACGAACACUGGGCCCCCGGGGACGGCUGCCCCCGGUACCUACGGCUGUAUCUCCAACUGCGGCCUCGAUAUCGUCAAGGGAAAGGGGACCGGCUCCAUCAAAAUCGCCUACUUUGAAGGCUUCGGCCUGGAACGAGAGUGUCUUUUCCGGGACGCCUCCCAGAUCGAUAGGUCCAAAUACACACACGUCCACUUCGCCUUCGGCACGUUGACCCCGACCUAUGAGGUUAACGUUGGCGAUAUACUGUCCUCGUACCAAUUCACCCAAUUCAAGCUUAUCUCUGGGCCUAAGAAGAUCCUAUCGUUUGGGGGCUGGGACUUUUCGACCUCAAAGGCGACUUAUUCCAUCUUCCGUAACGGCGUUAAGGCCGAGAACCGUCUCACCAUGGCUAAAAGCAUCGCCAAUUUCAUCAAGGAACACGACCUCGACGGCGUCGACAUUGACUGGGAAUAUCCAGGAGCGCCUGAUAUCCCCGAUAUCCCUGCGGGCGAAGAGGACGAGGGAACCAACUACCUGGCCUUUCUUGUCGUCCUAAAGAACCUGCUUCCUGGAAAGAGCAUCUCCAUUGCCGCACCGUCGUCGUAUUGGUACUUGAAGCAGUUCCCCAUCAAGGCCAUCAGUCGGAUUGUGGACUAUAUCGUCUUCAUGUCCUACGACAUCCACGGCCAGUGGGAUGCCCACAACAUGUGGUCCCAGGACGGAUGCGUUACAGGCAACUGUCUACGGAGCCAUGUCAACCUGACGGAGACUAGGCUGGCGUUGGUUAUGAUUACUAAGGCAGGUGUCCCUGGCGAGAAGGUCAUUGUUGGUGUGACUAGCUACGGCCGGUCCUUUGACAUGGCUCAACCCGGCUGCUGGAGCCCCGACUGUCAGUUUACGGGGGACCGUCUGAACUCGAACGCAAAACCGGGGAGGUGUACCGGUACGGCCGGAUACAUUUCCAACGCCGAGAUUGACGAGAUCUUGGCCGGCGGGGGAUCGAGCGGGGGAUCGAGCCAGGCGCGUGCGGGACGAGUCGUCGCGAGCUUUGUUGAUACCAGUAGUAAUACGGAUGUGCUGGUCUACGACAACAACCAAUGGGUCGGCUAUAUGAGCGAAAAGACCAAGAAAACCCGUACGACCCUCUAUACGGGUUGGGGCUUGGGAGGUACGACCGACUGGGCCAGCGAUUUACAGCAAUACCACGACGUCCCCGGGCCGGCAAAGGACUGGACAGAGUUUAAGCAACUCAUCCGCGCCGGAGAGGACCCGAAGUCCGACCACUCACGCGAAGGCGACUGGACUAAGUUCGACUGUACGAACCCGUACUUGGUCGAUAAAACAUUCUACACGCCUACUCAGCGCUGGAAGAACUUGGAUACGGAUGCUGCGUGGCGCGACGUUGUUAGGAUCUGGAAAGAGACCGAUAAACCCCGCAAUAUCAUGUUUACGGCCUCAGUCUCGACUACGCUUUACAUCUCGGCCGACGUCGACUGCAGAAACCUAGAGGAUUGCAACACGACCGAAGAGUGCUCAGCGGGCCUCAACGGGCCGUACUCUGGUCCUGCCGCGCAGUUCAUCUGGAACUCGAUGGUAAAGAUCCAUGCCAUGUACCACAACUACGUUCUGAUGCUCGAAAGGGCCACCUCUCUCGUUAGCAUGGCACUCGACGACAUGCAAAAAACAUUCGCGCCGGUUCCGGUGGAGGAAGAUAAGGCGUGGCUCUACCUCCUCAUCGACCUCAUCACCCUUGGCACCCUUACUGUUGCGGGGCCCUUGUACAACAGGCAACUGGGGAUGUAUGUCUAUUUCUCCGACAAGUCUGUCGACGACAUCAAGGACACCACCAUGACCCUGAUUGGACAAAGCACGACCAUCGCCAAGGAUGUGUUGUCGACCAAGCAAGAAGCAUGGACUGAGAACUUGCAGGCUAGCUUCAACAAUAUGUUGAGCCGGGUCAUUGAAGGUUGGCAGAAUGCCACAUCUCUCGCCGUCAAUAAGAUAUUCAGCGGCAGUGAAACGUCCCUCAACAUUCUUUGGGACGUCAUGUCGGAUGGAAAACUCAUCGAGGGCAUGCCGCCACCGGGAAGCGGGCCCCCCCCCGACCCCGGAAACAUCCAUAACGAGCUCCAAGCCAACGUGAAAAAGUCGAUUUAUGCUUUCGCCAUCCCCAACCUCUGGCGCGUAUCGCAGACGUUUGCCUUCAUCCUCGACUCGGGUUUCGGGUGCGACGUCGAGAAGCCGCUGCAGGACUACCUCGAGGACGAGACCAUGGAGGCCACAGGCGCCUGCGUCGACGGAAAGCGGUACUACCUGGUUGCCCCGAUCGGCGAGUCCAGGACAUGCGACUGGGUGAACGGAAUGUGGGAUUGCACACUUUCCAACAAGUUCUCGGCGCCUCCGGGACUGGACAGGCUCGGCGCCGACUUCGGCUAUCUCACCAAGGAGGACUUCAUCAAGGGUUCCAUCCGCACGUGGCUCAAGAACGGCAAACGGAAUGCCGGCGGCGGCAUGCCGGACGUGACCGACAUCGAUACCAUCAACAGCCUUAUCGACCUCGAUUUCACCACGCCGGGCUUCAUCCACCUCCCCGUCUGCAGCCCCGAGCGGGCGUACCAGACGUGGGACACGAGCUCCUCGGGCUAUGGCGCCAACUACCCGUGCGACCCCCCGCCGGGUAUCAACAACUGCGGCGAUUCGACCUUUGAGGAUCAGACCAGCGCCGCGUCGCCUAAGGUCGAGGAUUGCCUGCAGAUCAUCAAGAACAUCCAGGACGACGGUAAGACCGAGUGGACCAUCCAGGUUCUGGGCAAGAACCAGCGCGAGAUUGCCAAGUUUGGGGAGUGCCGCUUCGGCGUCGAGGCGACCGAGCAGACCGGCAACGCCGACUUCAAGGUCGGCGGCCAGGACGUCAUCGACAUCAUCAACGACGCCGUCGAGAAGUUCGGCGGGAGCGGUAGGGUCGGCGCCAAGGGAGACAUGUCGUGCAACGGCAACAUCAAGGGGCAGGCUGUCAAAUGGGGUAUCUACUAA